GGGAGAAGAGAGAGAGAGAGAGAGAAGGAAGAAGCGAAGGGGAAGGAGGGGGAGAGAAGGAAGGAGAGAGAGAUCCGACGGCCAAAAGCCAAACUCCGGCGUUAGCACCAAUCCAGAUGUAGACGAGGAAAAGAGUAGCAGCAGCGCCAGGCAGCCAGGUCUAGAUCGUUUGCAGCUCGACUCUUGGACGGAGGCGUCCUCUCUCUGUGUUUUGGCUGCCAGAGAGAAGAGAGGUGGGAGGAGGGGGAGAGGAAAAACGUGGGGAAAGGUGGAUGGGGAGUCUGCAAGGGACGCCGCCUCCUCCUCCGCCUUAAACUCGGCUGCUGCCUCUUUCCUUUGCGCGAACUCGUCCCCCGGGUGGGCUUCCCCGAUGCCUCCCGGGCGGGCUUGAUCCUCGGGGCCCCGAAAGCCGCCUCCACUUCCUUGUCCUCCUCCUCCUCCUCCUGGUUUCGGGAUGCUUCUCCCGCUUCUCCUCCGCGCGGCGUGGCUGCUGGGCUGCUGGUGCGGCUGGUGCCGGGGCUACUUCGACGGCCCGCUCUACCCGGAGAUGUCCAACGGGACGCUGCACCACUACUUCGUGCCGGACGGCGACUACGAGGAGAACGACGACCCGGAGAAGUGCCAGCUGCUCUUCCGGGUGAGCGACCGGCUGCGCUGCGCGGCGCUGGAGGACGGGGCGCUGCGGGCCCCGCAACAGCACCAGCCCCAGCCCCCGCCGCCGCCUCUCCCGGUCCCGGCGCUGACGCUGCGCGAGGAGUUCACGCUGCUGGGGCGGCAGGCGGAGGACGCGGCGCGCGUGCUGGAGGGCCUGCGCAAGAGCAUCUCCUACGACCUGGACGGCGAGGAGAGCUACGGCAAGUACCUGCGCCGGGAGUCGGCCCAGAUCGGCGAGGCCUACGCCAACUCGGACAAGUCCCUCGGAGAGCUGGAGCACAAGUUCCGGCAGGGCCAGGAGCAGGAGCGGGAGGGCGGCGGGACGCGCCCGGGGGAGGACUUCCUGGCCAGGGUGGCCCACGCGCGGGCCCUGCUCGCCGAGACGCUGGCCCUCUCCGCCGGCCUCCGAGACAAGUACGAGCUGCUCGCCCUCGCCGUCCGCAGCCACGGCGCCCGCCUCAGCCGCCUCCGCGGACAGCACCUCCAGGGCUGAGGCGGAGCCUCCAGACGCCCGCUUGAUGCGCUUCGAAGCCGGCUUCAACCCGCGGCGGCCAGGCAACAGACUCUCGCCCUUGCUUGGUGCGCUUCAGUGCCCUGUCGUUUGUGUCAUCGCCGUCUUGGGCCUCCAACCUGUUCCUUGUCAUCAUCUGCACGACCAAACCCAUUGUCUUCCGUACCGGUUUGAAACUGCUACGUGGGUGG